CUUUUCAGCUAUAACUUCCGGUAAAAUUAAAGAUCUUUAAAAUAGGAAGAUGGCGGGAACAGACAGCAAAAUAUCAGGGUGGCUUUUGGAAUAUGUUUACAAAACCGCGUGGGAUACAUUCAGGAAGAAACAAUCAAUAGAUGAAGACGGUUGCAGGGAUGUAAUUCAAUGGUUGGUGAGCCAACAGACUAUUGUUCAGACAACUAACCCAAAACAUAUGAUGCAGCUCCAAAUUUUGCUGCAGAUGUCCCGGCUAACAGAUGGAGAAAAUUAUGAGACACGUUACUCAGAUGACAAUGAUUGGACCGUCCUUGAAGACAUGCUUAAUUCCUUUAAAGGACUGGCCAACAACCUACCAGUAUCAUAUAAACCAAUGAUGGAUAAAAACAGGGAUUUGAUCAUCAAACAGGCGGUACUUGUGGCGUGUAGGGAGAGUGACUUUGAAGCUGCGGAGGACAUCUUCAAGAGAAUCUCUAAUCAGAUUAGAGAAAAGACCAUUGCAGAUAGUUUGAAAUCAGUUCUUGCCUCAAAAUCGAAAGAUCACAAAUAUGUUACUUCUGAAGAGAAUAGUUACUCUACGUUUGUGUCAUACUGUGUGUCAAUGAUCUCAGAAAUCAACAAGGAAUUUGAUGUUCCCUUUCUCACAAAGAUAGCUGAAGGACAAAGACGUCAAGAGAAAAAGAAAAACGAUGUAAGAAGAGAGUCCGGAGCAGACCUGUCAAAACCUAAAGCCAAGAAUGAAAAAAGGUUGGCGUUACUUAAAACUGUGUCCAAAAAGAUGGUAACAGAGACUGAACACCGAGCCCUAGCGUGGCGUCACACAGAUGAAAAAGAAAUGAGGGGAGCGGUCGAGACAACCCGAAGUAGGACUGUAGAUUCCUUGUUGGAUGAAGUCUCCCCGCCACCAACAAAGAAGGCAAGAGAUUCACCGUUUAAACCUCCGUUGAAGGUUCCACAUCGACCAGCAAAGACCUCUACUUCCAAAAAUGAAGAUGUAGACAAAAGAACUGAUCUGGAUUUGAGCCCUCUCAGGUCACCAAAAGGUAUCCAUCAGUUCUCUUAUCGAAAGAAUAUAAGCCGACCAAAUCGUCACUUAGUUAACAAAUCCGAUAAUGCCAACUCUGAUGGCAGAGAUUCUGAUUCAGAUGAAGAACAAACUUUAGGUCCUCGUCUAGAAAAACGAUAUGGCUGUACACUUAGUCCUGUUGGAAAACCCAGUUCAAUUUUACGACCAAGUAGUCCAACAGAGUCGAUGUUUUCCUCACGUAAAACCCGAUGGGGCUUUAAAGAAACUGAGGAAUUUUACCAAGCUGUACAAGAAUUCGGUGUUGGAAAAUGGGCCGAUAUCCGUGAGGCAUUAGGAACUUUUAGAACAAACGUCAAUCUGAAAGACAAAUGGCGCACUAUUCAAAAAACAAAAGAAAUACUUGAAUUGGAAAAGAAAUUUGGACCUGUAUGAAUCUAGGUGAGACUUGUUAUGUAAGGAAUGUUUAUGUGCUGUGCUUUGUUAGAAGCCAGAUAGAAUGUUGGAUAGAGCUGCACCGGUAAAUUUUCUUGGAGUUUAAAAAGAGAAAAAUGUUGACUUGGUAAUCAUUGGAAUUAAAACAAGUGAGGUUCCACUUAAUCCUAGCAUUGGGAUUAUCUGAAAUCAAAUACAGUGGAACUUCGUUAAAUCGAACUUGGCGGAACCACGAGAAAACUUCGAGAUGUUCGAAUUAAGCGAGUUGUCAUUUUUGGUGCUAAAUUCGGUCAACAUUUGUCAACAUUGUAUAAUCAUUAUAACUCCGCUCUGUCGCUCAUCAGUUCAGUGUAAAGACUGGUCAAUACAUGUAAAUGUAUAUGUAAUAUUUCGUUCUGUCACUCAUAGUUUGGUGUAGUUUUGCUGAUAUAAAAACUCGAUAAAUUUUCUUUCGCUUAGUCACUUCAAUAACGAUCUGAUGUAUAUGUCAUGUUUGCAAAAGGAAUAACGAUAAAAUGGAAUUCAACCGAAUAACAAUUUAUUAAUGUUGUAUCAAAUAACUGUUUAGAUUUAACACAGAUUAUAUGUAAGACGUUACAGAACCAUUACCUUAUAUUGGACAUAUAAAAUACUGCUUGAUAGUCCUAGGUCUACGUUUUACCGACAACCACGCCAUUUCCAUGUGUAUUCGCACAGGAAGUUGGGCUGCGCAUGUGCGUAUAAAAUGUUACUGUUACUGAGUUGGUGUGUUAUCCGAUUUAAUA